AUUUUACGACUGUCGUGUAAAUUGACUUUGAAAAUAGUGGCAGCUAUUAGUCUUCCCUCCUCCAUCUUCAACCUUCAUCCUUCCCUUCUCUCUCUCUCUCUCUCUUUGUAACUGAAGAGAGAGACAGACUGGCGAUGGCGGACGACACUAAUGAGCCCUCCCCUCAGCUCACAGGCAUAGUCAUAAUCACUCUGCCCCCGCCCGACAACCCUUCUUUGGGUAAAACCAUCACUGCCUACACUCUCUCCGAUAAUCAAAUUUCCUCAACUUCACAAUCACUUCAUCCACCAAACGAUCCGUCUCCGUCCCCGCCGCCUCAGAGUAGUCGUCAAUCUCUGUCUUCGUUGAGGAGUUUCAGCCACCGCAGCCCAAGGACUAUUCUGCCGAUUCUAGGCAUCGCUUUGAUCGCCUUGUACGUUUGGAGCUCAGUCUCUCAAGAAGAAUUCUUUCGGUUGCGCGAUCAUGUUGAGAAUUAUGAUGAUGAUGAUGAUGACGAUAAUCAGAAAAACAAGUCGCGGAGUACAUUUAUUUUGCCGUUGUAUCGGAAGCCUUAUGGAGGCAACGGUGAUUUACCAGAUGUCGAGCUGAAAUUGGGAAGAAUUAGGGCUUUGAAGGAAGUUGAUAGUGCGAUGCGUGCUCGGAAGAUUAGCAAGAAAUCAGUGUCUGCUGCUUCCAAGAUUGACUCUGCUAGUGUUAUACCUGUGGGAGGUAACAUUUAUCUCGAAGGGAUGUAUUAUACAUACUUGCAUUUUGGGAAUCCUCCGAGACCUUACUUUCUUGAUAUAGAUACUGGGAGUGACUUAACAUGGAUUCAAUGCGAUGCUCCGUGCACUAGUUGUGCCAAGGGAGCUCAUCCUUUCUACAAGCCAGUGAAAGAUAAGAUUAUUCUGCCUAAGGAUUCUUACUGCCUUGAAAUUCGAAAAAACCAAAUGAGCAAUCACUGUGACUCUUGCCUCCAGUGCGAUUAUGAAAUAGAAUAUGCCGAUAACAGCUCCUCCAUGGGAGUGCUUGCCAGGGAUGAGGUUUUUCUAAACAUUGCAAAUGGUUCUUUGGCCAAGUCAAAAGUUGUUUUCGGUUGCGCAUAUGACCAGCAAGGUUUACUUUUGAACGCAUUGGGAAAGACAGAUGGAAUUCUCAGUCUUAGCAGAGCGAAAAUCAGUCUGCCUUCUCAGUUGGCAAGUCAAGGAAUCAUUAAAAAUGUCAUUGGACACUGCCUUGCUACUGACACUGGCAGUGGCGGUUACUUGUUCUUUGGUGAUGACAUUGUGCCUCAAUCGCAAAUGGCAUGGGUACCUAUGCUUCAGAGCUUUGAUUCGAACUCUUAUCAGACAGAAAUUGUGAAAGUAAACUAUGGAAGCAGACAAAUUGAGUUGGGUGAUGUUAAGGGCAGACAAAGAAAUAUAAUUUUUGAUACUGGCAGCUCCUAUUCAUACUUCCCAGAAGAAGCGUACAACAAUCUUGUUGCUUUACUUAACGACAUUUCCGGCGAAAGCCUUGUCCUUGACACAUCAGAUACUUCGUUACCCAUUUGUUGGCGUUCGAAAUCCCCUUUAAGAUCCGUGAAGGAUGUCAAAACGUUAUUCAAACCUCUAAACCUUCAUUUUAGAAGCAAAUGGUGGAUCCUUUCCAGAAAGCUUCAAAUACCUCCUGAGGGCUACUUGGUGAUCAAUAGCAAGGGUAAUGUCUGCUUGGGCAUCCUUAAUGGAAGAAAAGUACACGACGGGUCCAAUUUUAUACUUGGAGAUAUAUCGCUACAAGGUCUGCUAUUUGUGUAUGACAAUGUGAACGAUAAAAUUGGGUGGGUUCGAUCAGAUUGUGCCAGGCCACGAAGAUUUGAGACAAGCAAUUCUUUUUCCUAACCCUCUCCUUGGAUUAUGACGAAACACUAGCAGCAUCAAGGGCCUCUCUGCCCUCUGUAGAUAUAUUAUUUUCUACUCUGUUUUCUUUGUGUAACAUAUUUUGAGACAUUUGGGAAGCAUCAUUUGGGGUAAAAAAGGGUUGAGAGGUGGAAGUUUUUGCAUUUUGAGUAGUAGAAUAGGUCUUUGUGCAGCCAGAUUUGUUGUAUUUAAAAAUUUCUUUCACCUCCUUUCAAUUGUUGCGUUUCCUAUAAA